AAAAUCGACGAAAAUAAAUUAAAGUACAUUGAAAACUUGCGAGAAGCUGUAGCCAUUAAAUCGGUAUCAGCUUGGCCUCAAAACCGCCCAGAUGUGAAACGGAUGAUCGAAUGGGCUGCUGACAAGCUCCGCGCCUUAGGAGCGACUGUGGAUAUUCGAGAUAUUGGUAGACAGAAACUAGACGAUGGUUCAGAAAUACCAUUACCACCAGUAUUGCUUGGCACUCUUGGAACCGAUCCCAAAAAGAAGACUGUGUUAGUAUAUGGACAUCUAGAUGUUCAGCCAGCACUUAAGGAUGAUGGAUGGGACACUGAACCUUUUGUUUUGACUGAAAAAGAUGGAAAACUUUUUGGAAGAGGAGCUUCAGAUGAUAAAGGUCCCGUGGUAGGAUGGAUCCACGCAUUGGAGGCUUAUGCAGCGAUCGGUGCGGAUAUUCCAGUAAAUUUGAAAUUCGUCUUCGAAGGCAUGGAAGAGUCUGGAAGCGUGGGUCUGGACCCAGUGUUGUAUGGGGAAGCCGAAAAGUUUUUAAAAGGCACAGAUUUCGUGUGCAUUUCUGACAACUAUUGGCUAGGAACUGAGCAGCCGUGUAUUACAUAUGGACUUAGAGGUCUGUGCUAUUUUCACAUUGAAGUCGAAUGCGCAAAGAAGGACUUGCAUAGUGGUGUUUUUGGGGGAACUGUGCACGAAGCUAUGAAUGAUCUAGUGCACGUAUUAAGUACUCUGAUGAACAAAGACGGGGAAAUUCAAGUAACGGGAAUAAAUAACGAAGUUGCAGCUCUCACAGAUGAAGAAGCCAAAUUGUACGAAAAGAUCCACUUCAAGGUCAGCGAAUAUAAAGAAGAUAUUGGAUCGAAGCAAUUAUUGCACAACGAAGUGAAAGAGAAAAUCUUGAUGCACCGAUGGAGAUAUCCGUCCCUUUCAAUUCACGGGAUUGAAGGCGCGUUUAGUGAACCGGGUCAGAAAACCGUAAUUCCUAAAAAGGUCGUCGGCAAAUUUUCGAUUAGAAUUGUUCCCAACCAAGAGCCUGCUAAAAUUGAGGCAUACGUUGUUGAAUAUGUAAAAGAGCAAUGGAAGCAAUAUGGAAGUCCAAAUGAGAUGAAAGUUUAUUUAGCACACUCCGGAUCUCCCUGGACAGAAGACCCGUUCCAUCCACACUAUAGUGCAGGUAUCAAAGCAACAAAACACGUAUAUGGUGUAGAGCCGGAUUUAACGAGAGAAGGGGGAUCAAUACCUGUAACUUUGAGUUUGCAAAAAGCUACUGGUAAAAAUGUCCUAUUACUUCCGGUAGGAUGUGGAAACGAUGGAGCCCAUUCGCAGAACGAGAAAAUUGACAUUCGCAAUUACAUUGAGGGGACCAAACUGCUAGGGGCGUACCUCUAUGAAGUGUCUCAGCUGUGAACAUUCCUAGCACUAUACCUGGACCUGGCAAAUUAUCUCUAAUCGUAAAAUUACCUUAUUUACUGACAAAUAUUGCAAACUCAUUGAACAAUCAGAAACAUAACAAACAAUAUAUAACUAGACCUCUGAAAAAGAAUGAAAAUUUGUUAAAUAUUUAGAAAAAUAUAUCAUUCUUAAUAACGAGUGGAGUUUAACUGCUUGUAUUUCAAAUAUUUAUGAUCAAAUAUUUUUAGAACAGGGAAAUUGAGAAAAUGAGAUUGACGUUAGUUUCGUGUCGCUGAAGCCCCCAACCUGCCCGGACUAAUAUAAUAAUUUCAGCUUACUUGCAUUUUAGAGCUUAAACAUUUUUUGCAGAAAAGAGAAUUGUAGUCAUUCAGAGUUAAAUACUGUUAAUCUUAGUGUUAGGGUUAAAUUUAAGGAAGAAUACGAUUGAUGCAAAAUUCAAUAAUUUUAAUAAACGCCCUGCACCGUC